CCCUCGCGCCGGACAGCCGCCAUGAUGCGCUGACGACUGACAACUAAACAAACGAACCGUGACUUAAUAUUGUGAUCAGUGUAACGUUGAAUUGGACAACAUGUGGCCGUUGUGUUAUUUAAUUGGCGCCUUGGCGUUAGCAGCAGCUCAGAACACAGAGAGCAGCGGCGAAUUCUCGCCGGCGGUGAAGGCGACUUGCAAGACGGGUGUUAUGUCCAUCAACAUCGAAUUCAACCAGCCCUUCAAUGGCAUUGCACACGCUAGAGAGUUCAGGACGCCAGCAUGUAUGGCGACGGGCAACGGCAGCGAGUCCCUCAACUUCGACAUCAGCCUGAUGGCGACUCCCGGCACUCCUGACUACUGCGGCGUCUUUUGGAAUAACCGUACGGACGAGCGGUCACUGCCUCUGGCGGUGCGGGUUCACCGGACACUGGAGCUGGCCGACGACAAGUUCUACGUCAUCACCUGCGGCAAGACAGGCUUCAAGAACUCCAGAAAUGAAACGUCAACAGUAUCACUACGUAUGCUAGACAACAACGGGCGCAAGGUGUUUAACGCUGCCUUCGGACUACAUUACACGUUGAAAGCUGAAAUCAGCAAACCUGACGGACUCCACGGGAUCAGAAUGAAAAAUUGUUUCGCGUUUAACAUGCGGAACAACACCGUCGAGCUGUUAGAUCGAAGAGGUUGUCCAUUAAAACAGCAAGUAUCGGUGAAGAACGAGAAAGGUAUGGCGGAGCUGUCGAUUUCCUCCAUCUUCCGGUUCCCAGGCUCCUCGCAAGUCAACUUCCAGUGCGAUAUCGGAGUAUGCAAAGGCAGCUGCGCGGUGGUGGACUGCACGAGCGACAGCGCUGAGCCCGGAGACGAAGAGGGCAGCUUUACUGCCUCCACUAGCGUCUUCGUCCUAGACCCUAAUGACAGCAACGUGGCGGCUCUGGCAUGCGCGGACGGCAGCGUGCGGCCACUGUGGUUGUUGUACCUGGCCAUUGCACUGGGCGUCAUGUUCCUCGUCAUGCUGCUUAUCAACUGCUUCCUCUGUACCGCCAUGACUUGCUCCUGUGCGAGGACUGAUGUGAUUGAAAAGGAUCCAUCAGUUGUGGAGGAUUACGACCCCUAUCGCAGCUGGCAUGGAAGUCAAUACGGUAGCAGAUACCCCUCAUCCACCAUACAUUCAACAAGGUCUGUGUCGGACAACAGCGACCACUACGCGAUAGUUCAGUCACGGCCGGGCAGCAGACAUUCUGGCAUGCACAGGAGUAGACAUUAAAUGGUAAAUUAAUUCAUAUUUUAUCCUUAUA